GCGGCGCAUGCGCGUUGAGGCCGCGGCCGCUACCGAAGCGUCAACAAGGCGCUGUGGUGAGGGAUGGAGCGGAACAAGGCCCGGAGCCUCCGACGAGGCUGAAGGCCGGGGACGGAGGAGGAGGAGAGGCCGCGGAGGGAAGCGCCAUGAACCUGGCCAGCCAGAGCGGCGAGGCCUACGCCGGCCAACUGCUCUUCGCCAACUUCAACCAGGACAAUACGUCCUUGGCUGUCGGCAGCAAAUCGGGUUACAAGUUCUUCUCCCUUUCUUCUGUGGACAAACUGGAGCAGAUCUAUGAAUGCACUGACACGGAAGAUGUGUGCAUCGUGGAGAGGCUUUUUUCCAGUAGCCUGGUGGCCAUUGUCAGCCUCAAAGCCCCCCGUAAGCUCAAAGUCUGCCACUUCAAGAAGGGAACCGAGAUCUGCAACUACAGUUAUUCCAACACAAUCUUGGCAGUCAAGCUUAACAGGCAGAGAUUAAUAGUAUGCUUAGAAGAGUCUCUGUACAUCCAUAACAUACGGGAUAUGAAGGUGUUGCAUACAAUCAGGGAGACGCCCCCCAACCCUGCAGGUUUGUGUGCCCUGUCCAUCAACAAUGACAACUGCUACCUGGCCUACCCGGGGAGUGCAACCAUCGGGGAGGUGCAGGUCUUCGACACCAUCAACCUGAGAGCUGCUAACAUGAUCCCGGCCCAUGACAGUCCCUUGGCUGCCUUGGCCUUCGAUGCAAGUGGCACGAAACUGGCCACAGCGUCAGAAAAGGGGACAGUGAUCCGGGUCUUUUCCAUUCCAGAGGGGCAGAAACUCUUUGAAUUCCGGAGGGGAGUGAAGAGGUGCGUGAGCAUUUCCUCCUUGGCCUUCAGCAUGGAUGGCAUGUUUCUCUCGGCCUCCAGUAACACAGAGACAGUGCACAUUUUCAAAUUAGAGACUGUGAAAGAGAAACCUCAAGAAGAGCCCACGACUUGGACCGGCUACUUUGGGAAAGUCCUGAUGGUCUCCACAAACUACCUGCCUGCCCAGGUCACAGAAAUGUUCAACCAAGGCCGAGCCUUUGCCACCGUCCGCCUCCCGUUCUGUGGGCACAAAAACAUUUGCUCCUUGGCCACGAUACAGAAGAUUCCCCGGUUGCUGGUGGGAGCAGCCGAUGGUUACCUGUAUAUAUACAACUUGGACCCUCAGGAAGGAGGGGAAUGCACACUGAUGAAACAGCACAAGUUGGAUGGCAGUAUGGAGCCAGCCAACGAAAUCCUAGAGUCCGCGUCUCACGACCGGCCAUUAGUAGCACAGACGUACAGUGCCGCCGCGGCUAAAGGUACUUACGCACCUUCUUCGCCUACGAGACACGCCUACAACGAGGACCUGGGGGCGGUUGGGGGCGCGUGCCUGGAAGAUGACGCCAGCGCCUUGCGUUUGGAGGAGGACAGUGAGCACCCGCCCAUGAUCCUUCGGACGGACUGAACCUCCACUCCUGAAAUCAGUUGAGGCUUCUCGUUGGUCGAUGCUGCUACAAACUCAGACCUGAGCUGAGAGCGAGGAUGGAUGACAGACUAUGUAUUACUUUUGAGACAAACCCCUCCAGUGUAGCUAUAGGUCAACUCAGUGCCGCCGAGGGGAAAGGAACGGGAAGGGGGGAACGUCUGGUUUCGCUUCAGUGGCUUUUAAACCCUGCUCUAUCUUUUAGCUGUGAGGAGAUAUAUAUAUAUAUGUGUAUAUAUAUAUAUAUCUAUUUUUGUUGUAACCUGUUGCCAAAACCUGCUGUUUUUUGUGCAGCCUCCCGCACCUUCUCGCUUUGCAUGCCUCCUUGUGCCAAGCAAGCAGAUCCGUUUUAUAACACCGGUUGCAGUUUUUUUGUUCCUUUCUCUUUUUUUUUCUGAAGAAGACAAAAUAAUGUGUACAUAGUGUUCGGCAUCUGCAGGGGGAAAAGCAAUCGAGUUUGGUCCUGGGCCCGUCAGCGGCUCGGACCGAACUUCCGAAUGGGUUCUUCUUGCGCAUGGGCUUCUGGUUCGUGACUUUGACGUGCGACUUUUGAAAAACUCUGCGGCGUUUCCCUUUCUCCGUUUUCUUUCUCGGCCCAACCUGUCUCCCGCCGGCCUUUUUCUAUCCUUUCACCCCUUUCCUCGGACCAUUUUGUUAAUUAAACCUUCUUUUGAAUGCUG